AGUCCCAGCUUUGUCUGAUGGAUCUGUUUACACUAUCGCACACUACGCAAGAGAGUUUAAUAUCGGCACUUCCUCCUCAUAGUGGACCGUAGGAACUGACAGCACUUCACUUCAGCAACUUUGAGCCGAGCGUGUUCACCAUCAUCACUCUUCCCUCGUCUUGAGCAGCGGGAUGGCGAGGCGGCCUAGACACAGUGUUUACAGCAGUGAUGAAGACGACGACGAUUUGGAGAUUUACGAUCACGACUAUGAUGGUGCACAUGCCAAGACAGGAAAACGUCACCUUGGCAAGACACGCUGGACCCGCGAGGAGGACGAGAAGUUGAAGAGGCUGGUGGAGCUCCACGGUUCAGAAGAUUGGAAAGUCAUCGCCAGCUUUCUGCCCAGUCGCACAGAUGUUCAAUGUCAGCAUCGCUGGCAGAAGGUUCUUAACCCUGAACUCAUCAAAGGACCGUGGACUAAAGAAGAAGACCAACGGGUAAUCGAGCUGGUUCAGAAGUACGGGCCGAAACGUUGGUCUGUGAUCGCCAAGCACUUAAAAGGUCGGAUUGGAAAGCAGUGCAGAGAACGUUGGCACAACCACCUGAACCCUGAGGUGAAAAAGACCUCAUGGACCGAAGAAGAAGAUCAGAUCAUCUACCAGGCUCAUGAGAAACUUGGAAACCGUUGGGCUGAGAUAGCCAAGCUGCUUCCUGGAAGGACUGAUAACGCCAUAAAGAACCACUGGAACUCCACCAUGCGGCGGAAGGUUGAACAGGAGGGCUACCUGCAGCUGGCCGCUAAAGCUAGCUCAACUCCGCUAAACAACGGCUUUGCAAAACCUCCGCACCUCCUAAGUUAUAAUCAGACACCAAGCAGCACAUCCAUGCCCCCCUCUUCUAUGAGCAGUCAGUACCCGUACUACAUGUCCGACUCGCAGCGGGUUCCAUUUCCACUUGCUCUACAGCUGAACAUCUUGAACAUUCCACAACACGGGACGGCUGCUAUCCAGAGACACUACAGCGAAGAAGACCCAGAGAAAGAGAAACGAGUGAAGGAGAUUGAGAUGCUGUUGAUGUCAACAGAAAACGAGCUGAAGGGACAACAGGCACUACCGAUCUCCAUGACCAGCUAUGGUGGAUGGCACCGAGGUUCUUUGACGGACGGCUCCGUGGGUGUGGCCGUCUCCGUCCCCGCCCCAUCCCUGGAGCAGGGCUGCCUUCCAGAAGAGAGCGCCCAUGGCAACACAAACAGCCCUAACAAUGACAACAGCUCCUCCUUACCGGAGUUUAUCGACGCCAUCGAUUCGUUCUUCAACGCCUCAGUGAGCCCAAAUGCACACAGUCAAAAUGUACCUAUCACGCCUUCACCUGCCUGUUCCCAGAAAGCACUGCAGCAUGACCUUGUUCUCCGACCUCAGAAGGAAAAUGAGCUGUUCCGGACCGCAAAUCUGAGGCGCACUAUCAUGGAGUGUUCCACUCGCACACCUACUCCGUUCAAGUCCGCACUGACAAUUCAAGACACGAAAUACGUACCACUAAAAAGGGCUCACAGCCCUUCACUGGACUCCGGUGUGGUCGGUACUAUCAAGCAAGAACCCCAGGAGUGUGAGAUCAGUGUCACCGGGGUGCACCUGGACCAGCCCCCCCUAAAGAAGAUCAAACAGGAGGUGGAGUCACAUUGUCUACAGUGGGAGGGACAAGAUCUACACACCCAGCUCUUUUCUUCUAACGGCUCCAGCCAUGACAUACCCGAUCUGUUGACAAGCUCUGUGCUCAUGCUUUCUGCUGCAGAGAAAACUGAGUGUGGACACAAAAGUGCCCACUUGCCCCGUAAACCUGUGGGAAGCCCUCUGCAGCAGCUGAGCACAUGGGAACAAGUGCUUUGUGGGAAGGCGGAGGACCAGGCAAUGCCCUCCGAACCCACACACAAAUACCUCAGCAAUUAUUCUUCACGAGCACUGGUCAUGUAAAACAUGAGGAGGUGGAGACGAGACAAUCAUUCUGAGAAGAUGUAAAAAAACACUUAUGGUACAUAAUUUGGGAGAGGCUAACAGCCAUUUUUUAGACUGCACAGUCGAUGUUAAUUGCCAACGUUUAAGCUGUGCCGUCUUUCGUUUGAUUUAACCAACCAAAGACAUUAUUCAUGUUGAAAUGUUGUUUUUCUACUUUUUUAUUUCGUUUUUAAUAAUAUUGUAUUUUGUAUGAUAAUA